GUUACUCCUCCGCCAACAAAUUCGCAUUGACCAUGGAACACAGGCCACAGAGCGAGCGAGCUACGGAGGUGAGAAAUGAAAAAAACCAAUAAAAUGGCAAACAAGUAUUAAUGUAAGCGGCGCUAGCUGCUGGGCCUGUCAGACUCCUCUCGUAGCUCUCUUGUCCCUGCAUCGUGUUCCUCUUCGAAGACGGUGGAAAAUGGGCGAGAAGAAGAAGAAGAAGUUGUUUUUCUCUCUGCAUUUACCUCAAACAGCUCUGCUAUUGCUGCUGUUUGUUCUCAAAAUGUCGUCUUUGGCGGUCUCGUCUUCUUCAUCAUCAUCUUCUUCUUCGGGUAAUUUGGAAGCAGACCGGAUCGCACUGUUGGAGUUGAAGGCGGCGUGCGACUCCUUCGGGAGGUUGGCGAGCUGGAACUCCUCCGACCCGUCUCCGUGCGCGUCGUGGCACGGGGUCACCUGCGUCGGCGGCCGCGUCACCCGCCUCGUCCUCGAGGGCCUCUCUCUCGCCGGCCCGGCCUGCCUCCCUGCCGUCACCCGUCUCGACCAGCUCCGCGUCCUCAGUCUCAAGUCGAACCGCCUCGCCUCCCCCAUCCCUGACCUCGCCCCGCUUUCCGCACUGAAACUCCUCUUCCUCUCCCACAACCAGCUCUACGGUCCGAUCCCGCCGUCGAUCUCCUCACUUGUUCGCCUCUACCGCCUCGACCUCGCCUCCAACAACCUCACUGGUUCGAUCCCCAACUCGCUGGCCCGGCUUGGUCGCCUCCUCACUCUCCGGCUCGACCGGAACCGGCUAUCCGGUUCCAUUCCCGGCCUCGUCCUCCCUCGCCUCCAGGAUCUUAACCUCUCUUCGAACUUUCUCUCUGGCGCUAUGCCCCCCUCGUUUUCGGCUUUUCCCGCUGCCGCUUUCGAAGGGAACCCUGCACUCUGCGGUAAGCCCUUCUUUCCUUGCCGCCCCACCGCCGGUGCGGUGGACACCGUCCCCCCGGCCGCCGUGGCGUCUGCUCCCCAUGCCAAACCUGAGUUCGUCAAUCCAGGCCAAACCGCGGGCGGUGAUAAUCGCCAGGGGAUGAAGAUGAAUCGAGUGGUGGUGGUCACCAUCGUCGUGGGCGACUUCAUCGUGCUCAUCCUUGUCUGCGGCCUCCUCUUCUGCUACUUCUGGCGCAAGUUCGCCCGAAGAGCGCCCCUCAGCCUUCGCGAGGGGGAAAAGAUAGUCUACUCCAGUCCCUACGCGUCAUCCCACGUCAGCACCGCCGGUACCACCACCGGUGGCGGAUUCCAGAGGGGGAAAAUGAUUUUUUUCGAAGGAACGAAGCAGUUCUUGCUGGAAGAUCUCUUACGGUCCUCGGCGGAGAUACUGGGGAAGGGAGGAUAUGGGACGGCCUACAGGGCGGUGCUCGACGACGGCACCGUCGUCGCGGUGAAGCGUCUCCGUGAAACCCACAAGCGCGAUUUGGAGAGCCAGUUGGAGAUCCUCGGCCAAUUGCGGCAUCCGAAUCUUGUUUCCCUCAAAGCUUACUACUAUGCUCGCGACGAGAAGCUCCUCGUCUACGAGUACAUGCCCAAUGGCAAUCUUUUCUUUCUUCUCCACGGCAACCGAGGGCCGGGCAGGAUGCCGCUGGAUUGGGCGUCGAGAGUGCGGAUUGCAGUAGGGACGGCAAGGGGAUUAGCGUUCCUUCACCAGGGGACGACUCGGUCGCCUAAAUUGGCCCACGGCAACAUCAAGUCCACCAACAUUCUCCUCGACAAUGCUGGCAACGCGCGGCUUUGUGACGCCGGACUGUCGUCGUUGGGUCCAGCAUCGGCGGCUUGCCUCACCGGCGGGUACCGGGCUCCCGAGGCGCCGGUCGACAGGCGGCGCUCGUGGGCGUCGCAGCGAGCGGACGUGUAUGCUUUUGGGGUGGUGCUGCUGGAGUUGCUGACGGGGAAGCCGGCGGUGCUGGUCGGCGACGGGGUCGUGGAGGGCGCUGAUCUGCCGGGGUGGGUGCGGUCGGUGGUACGAGAGGAGUGGACGUCGGAGGUGUUCGACCUGGAGCUGAUGCGGUACAAGGGAAUCGAGGGGGAGAUGGUGGCGAUGCUGCAGAUUGCGGUUAGCUGCACGGUGGUGGCGGCGGACCAACGACCCAAGAUGUGCAGCGUCGUGAAUAUGCUCGAAGAAAUUCGCGGCGGCGGCGGCGGAGGUGGCGUCUUCUCGCCAUCCCGCCACUUGGCAUCGGAUUCCGUCUCCGCCUCCGACGCCACUUGACUGGUCGAAUCUAAAACAUCGCGGACGUCCAUUGUUUUAUCUCCACUCAAUUUUAGUCCAAAUCCAUUGCGAUCCAUCCCAUUAAAGCUCCUCGAACGACCCCAUCACAUCGAGUCAGUUUGCUCGUGCGUCGUGUGUCGAAGUCUUGCCACUGGCAGUGAAGUUCCAACGUUGUUGUGAACUGACAAUAUCAGCAUUGGUCCGUAUGAAUUGUAUCCGUACUACGUGUCAUUUUGGUUUUAAAUAAAAACAAUUUCUACUGCA